CCCAUGUUCACCGCCUUGGUAUCAAAUCCCGGCCGGCUCCCGCUGGAAGUCGGAGUGCACUUCAAGUACGAAGUAACUAAAGAAUCGCCGCGCAAUUGCUCAAGUCCUCUAUCCUACGAUCAAUCCCCCCAGCAAACAACUCCACCAAAGAAUCACACCAACAAAAUGCAUUCCCAUCUUCACACCCCUUACAACAUCAACUGCGAGGAAAUCAUGACCGCAUUGGACGAAUGCCACGCCCAAGGGUUCCUGCAUAAGGCGCUGGGCAACUGCAACGACAUCAAGCGCGAGGUCAACAAGUGUCUUUCGGAGCAACGGUAUGCGCGCGCAAAGCAGAACCGCGACCAGGCGCGCGAGAACCGUCGACGGAUUGAGAAGAUCUGGGCGGACGAGAAGGUGUUUGAGGGGGUUCCUCCUGCUGCUCCUGCUGCUGCUGUGGCUGGCGCUGCGGCUGGCGCUGCGGCGGAGGGAAAAUAAAACCCCUCGCGGUGAUGAGACUGAAGUAUGGCAUGAUCUUGUUUUUGAUAUUGUGCUAGCGGAUUUUCUUGAAUGGUUGGCGUGUAGGAAUAUGUACUGUACUCUACUCCACACACACACACACACAUUGCAUCUGGGAUUUGGCGUUGGGGAAGGAGGAUUACCAUUACUGUAUUACUUUUUUCGUGUCAUGUAUUUCUUGUUUGCUGAGAGCUACGAUUCCGGGUUGGGAAGAUAAUCUCGAAAGUUAUCAUUAUCUUCCGAUAUGAAAGAUUGGAUAUACAACUCACUGCUCAUACAUAUAUGGACACAUUUUUUUUCUUCCAUCCCAAGCCGAACGCCAUACUUUGAAAUAGCAACACAA